AUGAAUCGAAAUAUGUCGACGGAAUCGGAUAUAGUAGCACAUGAUGAACGUCACCUAAGUCGAAGGCAGAAAUGGUCGUUUGCAUUAAAACGUCGUUGGUUCUCGACCUCAUCAUCAUCUUCGACGAAAUCAUCUAUAGAAAGUCAUUCGCAUAGUUUAUCAAAAGCAGUUAAUGUGUCGCACGAUAAUACUGGUGAUAGAGAAGCGAAAAAUUCAAAGCAUUUCACAAAACCUACUCUUCCAAUACUUGGUUUUACAUCUACAAAACACGAAUCCAGCGAUGGUGUUUCGGCUUCAAGUUCAACAACAACUGAUCGGCCUAUAUUAGCCGUCGAUACGGGUGCAUCACCUUCUACGGCACAAAAUAUUGUCAAGCGGAAAAGCUUGCGGUAG